AAAGGAAAAAUAAAUAAAUGAAAAAAAAAACAGAGUUGCACACUGGCACUCUCUCCUCUUCUGCCCUAAACGGCGCUUCACAAACCAAACCCUAACCUUCGCUCCCUAUUAGCCGCCAUAGCCGCGAGGCCGCUGCCUCAGUCGCCGCUGCUGCAGCGACGAUCAAUCAACUAUCGUAAUGGCUGCGGAAUGUCGGCAAAGAAUGCUAUUAAUUACAUACUCUGAAGAAAUUUUGGAUGGUAAACCAAUAAAUGUAUCAUCCAAUUGCCUUCCGGUCAAGGCACUGAACCUCGAACCAGCUGGGCAUGCUUUCCACUCUGCUGCUCUUAGGUCAGUUGGCCACUCGGUGGAGGCAGAUGCAGAAGAUGACACUGAUAAGGAAGCUCCGAACCAGAAAGAACGUGUAUACGUGGAAUCAUCUGAAUCAUACAGCAGCAAAGGGAAGAAGAAAACUAGCGGUGGUGAACAGGAUCAUUAUGCCUUGUUGGGGUUGAGCCACUUAAGAUAUCUAGCCACUGAGGAUCAGAUCAGGAAAAGUUACCGUGAGGCUGCCCUGAGACAUCAUCCCGACAAGCAGGCUGCCCUUUUGCUUUCUGAGGAAACCGAGUCCGCCAAGCAGGCUAAGAAGGACGAGAUAGAAACCCGUUUCAAGGGCAUUCAAGAAGCGUACGAGGUUCUGAUCGACCCUGUCAGGAGAAGAAUAUACGACUCAACUGACGAGUUUGAUGACGAGGUCCCUCAGGAAUGUGCACCACAGGAUUUCUUCAAGGUUUUUGGGCCUGCCUUCACGAGGAACGGGCGUUGGUCUGUGGCCCAACCUGUCCCUCCACUUGGGGAUGAUAAAACGCCACUAAAAGAAGUGGACAGCUUUUACAAUUUCUGGUACAGCUUCAAGAGCUGGAGGGAAUUUCCUCAUGCUGAUGAGUUUGAUCUCGAGCAGGCCGAGUCCCGUGAUCACAAGAGGUGGAUGGAGAGGCAGAAUGCGAAGCUCUCGGAGAAGGCGAGGAAGGAAGAGAACGUGCGCAUACGUACCCUCGUCGAUAAUGCCUAUAAGAGGGACCCGAGAAUUUUGAGAAGAAAAGAGGAAGAAAAAGCCGAGAAGCAGAGGAAAAAGGAUGCGAAGCUUUUGGCCAAGAAGUUGCAGGAGGAGGAGGCAGUUAGAGCUGCCGAGGAGGAAAAGCGCCGGAAAGAGGAGGAAGAUAAGAGGGCCGCUGAGGCUGCCCUAAUUGAGAAAAAAUCCAAGGAGAAAGAAAAAAAGCUGCUGCGCAAGGAGCGAGCUCGCCUUCGGACGCUUUCCGGGCCAAUUUCGUCUCAGCAUUUGCUUGACCUUACUGAUGAACAUGUGGAGAGUCUUUGUUCGUUUCUGGAUAAAGAGCAGCUCCGAAGCUUAUGUGAUCAGAUGGAAGGAAAGGAAGCUCUAGAGAGUGCUGAGCUUCUGAGAAAGGCACUCGAAUCCAAUCUCAAGCUGAAAGAUGGGAAGGAGGGCGAGCACAAUUCAAAGCAGAAUGGUCCUGUAGCAGGUCACGGUCAAGUUUCUUACAUCGGCAUCGAGAAAAAGGAAAAACCUUGGAGUAAAGAAGAGAUUGACCUUCUGAAGAAGGGCAUGGUGAAAUACCCAAAAGGGACAUCCCGAAGGUGGGAGGUGAUUUCCGAGUACAUCGGCACCAAUAGGUCAGUGGAAGAGAUUCUCAAAGCCACAAAAACGGUCCUUUUGCAGAAGCCCGACUCAGCCAAAGCCUUUGACUCCUUCCUUGAGAAAAGGAAGCCAGCACAAACAAUUGCAUCUCCCCUUUCGACUAGAGAGGACCUGAAGAGCGUGCUGAGUAGGAAUGAAUCUGUGGACUCAGACAAUUUUCCCAAGCCGUCAACAAAUCAAAGUGGAAACAUCCCAAGCUCGGAUGACAGUAGUACGACGGCUAAUGGAAUUAGUUCAAGUCCAGAUCAAGAUAAUCUGUGGUCAGCUGCCCAGGAAAAAGCUCUGGUCCAGGCUCUGAAAACUUUCCCAAAAGAAACCAGCCAGAGAUGGGAACGGGUUGCUGCUGCAGUUCCUGGGAAAACCAUGGGCCAGUGCAAGAAAAAGUUUGCGCUGAUGAAGGAGAGUUUCAGGACAGGUAAUGCAAACAUCUCAAGCAACGAUGAUCCUCAGGAGUCAUUCACUUCAGAUGGGAAAAGCAACAAUAGUUCAGUGAAAACAGAGUCCGACAAUGGGACGCCAUCCGGUUCUGAUGCAGAUGAAUGGUCUGAUGUUCAAGAGAAAUCAUUGAUCCAAGCCCUCAAAACCUUCCCUAAAGAAACUAACCAGAGGUGGGAGCGUGUGGCUGCAGCUGUUCCUGGGAAAACGGUAAAUCAGUGCAAGAAAAAAUUCACAUUGCUUAAGGAGAGCUUCAGGAACAAGAAAAGUGGCGUUUAGUUUAUUCAAAAAUCUUCACAGCUGUGGGCUUUAUUAUAUUACAAUAUCUUUAUAGCAUUAUAUCGCACAAUCCAUAUGCCUUCAUCAUUGGGGUCAUGUCAUACUGGUUUGAUUAGAAUUUUAGAAAAUUCCUUUUACAAAUGGAGCCUGUUUUCCAAAGGAAUAGAGUUCAUUAUAUUUCCUUUUGUCUCUGUCCUGUGAGAGUGUUAAAUGUCCUGUAAUUCUUUUGCCUUUUGUUGACAGUCUCGAAAAUGGCGAGGCUUGGCCUCCUACAGUUUUGACUACAGUUUUGAUUAUGUAAUGGAAGAAUACAUUUUUCAUUAUCUCCUGUGCACUUAGCUGAUGAAUGAUGGUUUUUGGUUAUUACAAUUCAUGGGAAUGAGAUUACCAGUUGAAUCAAU